CGGCCGCGCCGCCGCCAUUUUGAAUGCCCGGCUCUGUCCGCCGCUGCUGCUGCAGGGACCGGCCUGAGGAUGCCAGCCCCCAUCAGACUGCGGGAGUUGAUCCGGACCAUCCGGACAGCAAGAACCCAGGCAGAAGAGCGUGAGAUGAUCCAAAAAGAAUGUGCUGCUAUCCGGUCAUCCUUCCGAGAGGAAGAUAACACAUACCGAUGCAGAAACGUGGCAAAGCUGCUGUAUAUGCACAUGCUGGGAUAUCCUGCACAUUUUGGCCAGUUGGAGUGCCUCAAGCUUAUCGCAUCUCAGAAAUUCACAGACAAGCGCAUUGGGUAUUUAGGUGCCAUGUUGCUGCUGGAUGAGAGACAGGAUGUUCAUCUUCUUAUGACCAAUUGCAUCAAGAAUGACCUUAAUCACAGCACGCAGUAUGUGCAGGGGCUGGCACUUUGUACUCUUGGCUGCAUGGGCUCCUCAGAAAUGUGCAGAGACCUUGCAGGAGAGGUGGAAAAGCUCCUCAAAACUUCCAAUUCCUAUCUUAGGAAGAAGGCAGCACUGUGCGCUGUUCAUGUCAUCAGAAAGGUGCCUGAACUUAUGGAGAUGUUCCUGCCAGCCACCAAAAACUUGCUGAACGAGAAGAACCACGGUGUUCUUCACACAUCAGUUGUUCUCCUCACAGAGAUGUGUGAGAGAAGCCCAGACAUGCUUGCACACUUUAGAAAGCUUGUUCCCCAAUUAGUUCGUAUUUUGAAGAACCUUAUCAUGUCUGGAUAUUCACCAGAGCAUGAUGUGUCUGGGAUCAGUGACCCCUUUUUGCAGGUACGAAUCCUGCGGUUACUAAGAAUUUUAGGGAGAAAUGAUGAUGAUUCUAGUGAAGCAAUGAAUGAUAUACUUGCACAGGUUGCCACUAAUACAGAAACAAGUAAAAAUGUGGGAAAUGCCAUUCUCUAUGAAACUGUGCUGACUAUUAUGGAUAUAAAAUCUGAGAGCGGCCUGAGAGUCUUAGCCAUUAACAUCCUAGGCCGUUUCUUAUUAAACAACGACAAAAAUAUUAGAUAUGUAGCUUUGACGUCAUUGUUGAAAACUGUGCAGACAGACCAUAAUGCAGUACAGCGACACCGAAGCACCAUUGUGGACUGCCUGAAGGAUCUGGAUGUCUCCAUUAAAAGGCGUGCAAUGGAACUGAGUUUCGCUCUUGUUAAUGGGAACAAUGUCCGUGGAAUGAUGAAGGAGUUACUGUAUUUCCUAGAUUCUUGUGAACCAGAGUUCAAGGCAGACUGUGCAUCUGGAAUAUUUCUUGCAGCUGAAAAAUAUGCUCCUUCCAAGCGCUGGCACAUAGACACAAUUAUGAGAGUCUUAACAACGGCAGGAAGUUAUGUUCGUGAUGAUGCAGUUCCCAAUCUGAUCCAGUUAAUAACUAAUAGUGUGGAGAUGCAUGCCUACACUGUGCAGAGACUCUACAAAGCCAUCCUUGGAGAUUACUCCCAGCAACCCCUGGUACAAGUUGCCUCCUGGUGCAUAGGAGAGUAUGGAGAUCUUCUGGUGUCCGGUCAGUGUGAAGAGGAGGAACCAAUACAGGUAACAGAGGAUGAAGUUCUUGAUAUUUUAGAAAGCGUCCUGAUAUCUAAUAUGUCUGCAUCUGUGACACGAGGCUAUGCUCUCACUGCCAUCAUGAAGCUUUCCACAAGGUUCACCUGCACUGUCAAUCGCAUUAAGAAGGUAGUUUCCAUCUAUGGCAGCAGCAUUGAUGUGGAGCUGCAGCAGAGAGCUGUGGAAUAUAAUGCACUUUUCAAGAAAUACGAUCACAUGAGGCCAGCACUGCUUGAGAGAAUGCCAGUAAUGGAGAAAGUCACCACAAAUGGCCCUGCUGAGAUUGUACAGACCAAUGGAGAGACAGAGACAGCAGUACUGGAAACCAAACCUCCACCCUCUGGAUUGCAGCCUGCUAACCAGGCAAAUGAUUUAUUGGACUUGUUGGGGGGAAGUGAUAUAACACCUGUAAUUCCCACUGCACCUACAAGCAAGCCAGCCACUGCUGGUGGGGAGCUGCUUGACCUCCUGGGAGACCUCAACCUAACAGGUUCUCCAGUAUCUGCCCCUGCACCCCAGAUAGCACAGCCUCCGUUCCUGCUCGAUGGACUUACAACUCAGCCUCUCUUCAAUGAUAUUGCUGCAGGAAUCCCCUCCAUUACUGCCUACAACAAGAAUGGGCUGAAGAUUGACUUCACCUUUGAGAGGUCGAACACCAACCCUAGUGUCACUGUAAUCACGAUACAGGCCUCCAACAGCACAGAGCUGGAGAUGACAGAUUUUGUUUUCCAAGCUGCAGUACCAAAGACAUUCCAGCUGCAGCUUCUGUCUCCCAGCAGCAGUGUCAUCCCUGCAUUUAAUUCUGGGACCAUCACACAGGUCAUUAAAGUCCUGAAUCCACAGAAGCAACAACUACGUAUGCGGAUCAAGUUGACAUAUAAUCACAAGGGCUCAGCAAUGCAGGAUCUAGCAGAAGUCAACAACUUCCCCCCUCAGUCUUGGCAAUGAGGCUCUGGCACCAUUCUUAUUCUCAUCCCACCCAAUCAAAAGAACUCUGGGAAGAAGGUUGUGAUCCUUGGCAAUCCCCCAAACUGCACCAUGGGCAUGGGGAACAAAAGAGACCUGCUGAUGAGGAGGAAUUUUCCUGAAGUGAUUGCUGACUUUGAAGCAUAUCUGUUAAGAUUAAUCUCUCCUCUCCUCUGCUGAUGAGGCUGGUGGCUUGUGGAGGCUACUGUGCACUCCCUCACACACGCAUUCACAGCCAGAAGCAACAUUCCCUUCUCCCCUUCCCCACCCUCCUUCCCUCUCAAAAAGGAACACAGCCUGGUUGGAAGAGAAGUCUGGAAUUUCUAGCAGGGAAACUUUCUUCUCUCUGCAGCAAGUGAGCAGUUGCUCCUUCUUUCUGCUGUCUUUUUUUUCCCUGGGGUGGGUAAGGCGUUUUGUCAUUCAUUUCUAGCUGGAUUCCUUCACGCAUUUUCAUCUGGGACUCAAAUGGGGUCUUGGGGAAUGCCAGGCUGCCCUUCGUCUUUCUUCUUGUAUCCCCUAGGUCUUAAGGGGCUGGAGGCUUCUUAUGACCUACUCAGUGCAUUAUUGUAUACACGCACUUCUUAGUUAUGUGCUGCAUACCAAGAGCAAGUGAGGCCUUUGGAGUUCAUCUGCAAACGUGGAACACAGUGCAGGAGAAGAGGUGCUGGUAAGAGUUGGUAAAAUUGCUUCGGUGCUGUACUUGAAAAUGAAGCCCUUACACCUGAAUUUUCUUUCCUUCCAUCAGUAGGCACAGCCAUGCAGAUUCAGAGUCUUCUGUAGCUUCCCCAGAAAGUGAAGUGAGUUAUGAGAGAUGUAGAGAUAAAAGGAGCAGCUGGUUUUCUACCACAUACGGUUUCAAAGUCUUUCAACCUGUUAGUUGUGGUUUAUGGGUAGAAAAGACACAUUCAGUUUUCUAGAUCAGUUUUUGGGCAAGGGCUUUGCUCCUGCUGGGAGACUCAUCAGAGACUAUGCUGCAAAGUUGCUCUUCCUGGUUAUUCCAGAACUUCUCCCCAAUUUUAUUUCCAGAGCCUGUUGUAGACCCCCUGGGUUCCAUUUGAGUUACUUCUGACUGGGAUAUUUGUGUUGUAUCUGUAAUAUUGGCACUGAAAUAAAGACCAUGCAGUUUAAA